UGUGCGCGAGGCGGCGGCGCGUGGCAGCCGCGGUCCCGCCGGCGGGCUCGGUGCGCGAGGCAGCGCGCGCGGGGGCGGCGGCCCCGGCCCCGCCAUGACCGACUUCAAACUGGGGAUCGUGCGGCUCGGCCGGGUGGCCGGCAAGACCAAGUACACGCUGAUCGACGAGCAGGACAUCCCGCUGGUGGAGAGCUACUCCUUCGAGGCUCGGAUGGAGGUGGAUGCUGAUGGGAAUGGUGCUAAAAUCUUUGCUUAUGCAUUCGACAAAAACCGUGGAAGGGGAUCGGGGCGUCUCCUGCACGAGCUGCUCUGGGAAAGGCACCGGGGAGGGAUUGCUCCUGGGUUUCAGGUGGUGCAUCUGAACUCAGUGACUGUGGACAACCGCCUGGACAACCUGCGCCUGGUGCCCUGGGGCUGGAAACCCAAAGCUGAAGAAGUCUCUAGUAAACAAAGGGAACAAAGUCUGUACUGGCUGGCCAUCCAGCAGCUCCCUACAGACCCCAUAGAGGAGCAGUUUCCUGUCCUGAAUGUCACACGGUAUUACAAUGCCAACGGGGACGUGGUGGAGGAGGAGGAGAACUCCUGCACAUACUAUGAAUGUCACUACCCCCCCUGCACAAUGAUUGAAAAACAGUUACGUGAAUUCAACAUCUGUGGGAGGUGCCAGGUGGCAAGGUACUGUGGGUCCCAAUGCCAGCAGAAGGACUGGCCAGCUCACAAGAAGCACUGUCGGGAGAAGAAACGCAUCUUCCAGCAAGAGCUGGGCCCAGAGCGGUGACGGGGUGGUGGUGGCACAGACCCCCCAGCAGGAUUCCUCCCCAAAGGCAUUGGACUCUUGCUUUUGCACAGUAAUGACAGACUGCUUAGUGAAGCCUGAGGCACUGAAGAAAAGAAAAAAAAAAGACAAAAACACAAAAAAACAAAACCCUGUGAUGCUUGAGCAGAACGGCUGACUGGACCGAGCCAGCUCUGACUGGUGCUGUGGAAAGGGAUUGGGUUCACCCUUCCAGUAUUAUAUUCUCAAGCAAAAAGACUACUGUGGAGGCUCCAGGCAGGAAGCUUCUCAUUAUUUAUAUGUUAAUACAUUUGUAAACUCAUGUACAGUUUUUGUUAGAAAUUCUUGAUAGGACUCAUUACCUGUAAUGUUCGGAUGAGGACACCUUGUUGGCCUAAAAGUUGAGAAAAAAAAAAAAAAAAGAAAAAAAAAAAAAGUAGCAAAAGCUUUUUCCUCCUGUGUGGCUAAAAGUGUCUGUGGCAGUGCUGAGGCCAGAAGGCAGCUCCGACGUCAGCAGAACUCUGCAUGGAAGUUAUACUGAAAAAAAAACAAACCAAAAAACCAAAAAAAGAGCAAAGUAAAGAUCAGAAUGAA